AUGAUUACCAAUGGAAAGAUUAACAGCGGGUGGUGUAACAUCAGUAUGCCGCGCGCUAGCGCAAUUUUGCUGGCGCUCGCGGCUGUUAUGCUUGCAUUGCAGUCAGCGCAUGCCUCGUAUAUUGAUCCAGGUGAUGAGGACAUUGAAUUGAACGUGCCUGAUUAUGGUGAUGACCCGAACGAUUUGCAAAUGCUCCAGGAUGUUGGAAAACGUUCGUCGCUGAUCUACGUUUUCAGGCGUGCCUGUAUCCGUCGUGGCGGGAACUGCGACCACCGGCCCGGAGAUUGCUGCCACUCGUCCUCCUGCAGAUGCAACCUUUGGGGGUCCAACUGCCGCUGCCAGCGCAUGGGCCUAUUUCAGAAGUGGGGGUGA